AUGAAGGCUUUCUUUGCUCUGGUGAUCCUGGCCUGUGCCGCCGCUCCCGCCCUGUCCGGACGCACUCUGGACCGCUGCUCCCUGGCCAGGGAGAUGUCCAACCUGGGCGUGCCCCGUGACCAGCUGGACAAGUGGACCUGCAUUGCCCAGCACGAGAGCGACUACCGCACCUGGGUGGUGGGACCCGCCAAUUCCGACGGCUCCAACGACUACGGAAUCUUCCAGAUCAACGAUCUGUACUGGUGCCAGGCCGACGGACGCUUCUCCUACAACGAGUGCGGCCUGAGCUGCAAUGCCCUGCUGACCGACGACAUCACCAACUCCGUGCGUUGCGCCCAGAAGGUCCUCUCCCAGCAGGGAUGGGGCGCCUGGGCCGUCUGGCACUACUGCAGCGGAUGGCUGCCGUCCAUCGAUGAGUGCUUCUAAGCAAAGUGGCAGACCUCGUUGA